CGCGUCAGAAGAAGAAGAUGCCCCAAAAGCACGCAACGUGGGGCUGUUUGGUCCUUCUCUGAUUCUUGCUAGUUACUUCUUGCUAUUCUGCGCGCCGAUCCCUCUUGUUGACUGUUUUUUUAUCACGACCCGAUUAUGUUUAUCUCAUCAUCUUCCUUCAUUUUCUUCAUCUUCGGUUUAGGCUCUGCCUCAUCCCGGAUUUGAAUUUCAAUUUGUAGCGCCCUUCCUUUCUUGAUGUCGAUUCCUUUGUUACUUUCUCUCUGUGUUUAGUCUCCCAAAGGAAAGUGGAUAAUCGGGGUCUUGUCUUUCUUUGCCCUUUCCCCCCUUCUUGGGUGAUUUUGUUCCCUGCACUUUGCUAAAAUAGAAAGAUGACUGUGUAUUUACCAGUCAGAAUCUGAAGAUUCUUUUAUAUUGAGGAACAAAAAAAAUGAAGGAUUUUCCUGGGACACCUGGUACUCUCACUGCGCUGGCCCUGAGGUUGUCACAGUGCAUUUUCGCUGUUGGAUCAAUUGCUGCUAUGGGCACCACAUCCAGUUUCUACAAUUUCACGGCUUUUUGUUACUUGAUAGCUUCGAUGGGUUUGCAAGUCAUUUGGAGUUUUGUGAUUGCCUUGCUGGAUGCAUAUGCUUUAGUGAGAAAGAAGGUCCUUCACAAUUCUGUCUUGGUUAGCCUCUUCGUUGUUGGAGAUUGGGUAACAGCAACAUUAUCUCUAGCGGCAGCUUCUGCCUCAGCUGGCGUCGCAGUCCUGUACUUCAAUGAUGCGGGAAGCUGCAAGUUCGGACAAGAAUGUCAGAAGUAUCAGAUUUCAGUCGCUCUGGCUUUCUUGAGCUGGAUUACUAUUUUCAUCUCAUCUCUAAUUAUGCUCUGGCUAUUGGCUGCAAGGUAGCAAGCUCUAUAUGAUAAACCAGAAUUCGCUCACCCAACAAUAGUCCAUCUCAUUGGAAUCCUUUCUUUUCGAACUGUUAAUAGGAGAGAUAGAAUAGCACUUUCUACUGAAAUUUCAACUUUUUCUUUCAUUCAUUUCUAUAGGGGAUUGGGUCUGCUGCUGCAGGUUGUAAAGGAAAAUGAAAAAGAAUAUAGUUUUUUUUUUUUUUUGGCUUGCAAAAAGGUUAUUCUGUGGAUAGUAUCAUGGCCAUGUGUAAAGCUUAUUGUGGGAAGGUCAAACCUUAAUGACUGAAAAUCGGGGUUUACAUAUAUUUGUUUUGUAUUCU